AAUGAAAUGGGACGUUAUAUGCACAGAAAGGAAAUUCUUUAUUGAUGCAGUAUUUAGUACUAAAGUAUCUAUUACAGCAGAAAAUGAUGAAAUACUUAUGGCUGCGUGCAAUUUCACUGGGAUGUAUUUAAAGAGAAACACAAGCAGUAUUUUUAUAGAGACAGAAAAAGUAAUUCUGGGCACAAAUACGGCGAGACUAGAUGGUGUGCAGUACUCAUUAUUUCUUCCUAAAGAUAUUCCACCGAGUUAUUGUGGCAAUAACAUAGGUAUAGUUUAUAACUUAAAUGUAUAUAUACAGGGAAUGCGUACAGAGUAUAACAAGACAUUUAUAUGCUCGGUGGUUUCUAGUGUACCUGCAUGCUUUGAAAAUUCCUCUAAGUUAUUUAUUUCAGAGCAGUAUGAAAGUGUAAAAGAACCAAAUGGUUCCAUGAUAAGCUAUGAGGAGAAACCCGACGUUGUAUUUGGGUAUGAGAAGAUAGUGGAUGGUUUACGCAGAGUACAGAUUGCUUAUAAGAAAAAAGAAGAAGUAGAGUUUAUUGUAGAGAAUAAAAACAAAAGUAGUUAUGACAGUAUAGCGGUCUCUAAUGACGCAAAGAAGUACUGGAUUGUAGAGAAAGAGAAUACGCACCAUCCACUGGAUUUAUACUCAAAAAUGUUAAAAUAUUAUUCUGUGGGGUGUACUAGGCAGGCAUUCUAUUCAAUAACAACGCAUGGUAAGGAGUAUGCUAAAGUGCUUAUUAAAAUAACAGAAGAAGACCCUCCAAAUUGUGUACUAUCAUUAAGACUGGAUUUUAUUGAGCCAACAAAGAGUGUAAGCGUAUCUUUAGUACAAGUAGAGAUAAUCGAUGAGAUUGAAUCUAGAGAGUGUUUUUUUAAUAAGACAAAGCAUGUGGAGUAUGCUACAAAAAUAUUUCUUACUAUUCCACUGGACAGAGCACGCAACCCCACAAUUAUUACUCCCAACUUUAGUACACGCGUAGAAAUGCUUGUAAUAAUAGAUGGAGUACAAGAAAUAAAGAUAAAGAUAAAGUAAAGAUGUAUAACUGUAAUAACACAACAGAGUAUUACAGUAAACAAGAUAAUAACCCGAGUAUGUGAAAAUUCUCUAUAUCUUCAUGGUAAAGAAAUAGAGUAUAACCCGAAUAAGUAAGUAAUAUUCUAUAAAUUACAAUUUAAUCCUUGCUUAUUGGUGUAUAUUCUGGCGUUUUCCGAGAAAAUGAUUAUUUCUCCUAUAAAAC